AUGGCUGACCCGCAGCCCAGCCAUCUGCAGCUGGAGCGCCGCAGGACAAACCUGCACUUCUCGUCCUGGCGUCUGAGCAGCAGCAUCCUGCAGUCGCAGGGCACCGUGCCGCUUCCGGCGCCUGCGGCCCCCGCGCAAGCCUCCAACACGGACUAUGUGGUGGCCCGCCACGCCGCGCUGCUCAACGGCCUGACGCAGCAGCCGUGCGGGUGCUACGCGUUCCUGGAGGAGCAGGAGGGCCAGGGGGCGGCGCAGCCACAGCUGGGCCUGUAUCAGAUAGAUGUGGGCGAGGCCGGCAAGCCGCCGCAGGUGCACAGAGUCUGCGGCGCGGCACAAGUGCAGCAGGAGGCGCCGGCGGGAGGUCUGACGGGCGGCGGCCUGCCGCCUUCGGUGGUGGAGGUCCAAUCCGCGGCGCCAGCGCCCGAUGCACCCACCAGCAGCAUCUCUGCCAGCAGCCUGCUGCUUGUGUCCGGCGGCCACGGCGAUGUGUCCCUGGUAGUGCGGCCAGCGGCCACCCAGCAGCAGCCCGUCACAGCUGGCACCGCGGCCGCCACCGCCACGGCGCCACCCGUGUUCCCGUUGCGGCUGGCGCCACCGCUGCAGGGCGUGAGGCCGGUGCACCUGGCCGCCGCUUUCCAGCUGCCACAGGGAAUGGGCAGCGAUGUCAUCGGCGUGUGCUGCAUCCUGUGGGCGGCGCGGCCCCGCAGCGAGCGCCAGCCCUCGCGCUGCGAGGUGUAUGCUGUGCAGCUGGUGGCGGAGCUUCCGCCCGCGCCGGCGCUGCCGCCCGCGCUGCACGUGCGAGCAGUGCAACUGCUCAAGGUUUCCGACCUGCCGCCCCACGGUGUGCUGGCCCACCCAGCUGCCGGCAGCGUGCUGCUUGCGCUGCAGCCGUCUGCAGCCAGCGUAGAAGAGGAGGCGGCUGCGCAGCGGGCGGCGGCGGCGGCGGCCGCCGCAAGCCAUGGGGCCAACGGCAUGGAGGCUGAUGGGGGCGGGGGGGAUGUCAGCCCCCGCACGCUGCAGGCAGCGGUGGCCCGCCUGGCGGCUUACACCUCUGAUGAGCCUGUGGGCGCGCUGCCGCAGCAGCAGUACGCCGACCUGUACCGCGAGGCUGGCGCCGACGGCGUGGGCGCUAUGGGCUCCGAGCCCACCUGCUGCCUCUACACAUUUGUGCUUGCUGCCGACACAGGCGCAUCUGCAGGAGGGGCGGCUGGCCAGGCUGAUGCAGUGGCGGCCGGGCAGGGGCAGCAGGGUGAGGGGCAGCCGCUGCUCCGCCUGGUGCACACGCUGUCCUGCCAGCCGCACAAGCUGCUGACGUGCCACCUGGAGCAGCCUGCGGUGGGGGCCCAGGAGCCGCCCACGCCAGACACACACCUGCCGCACGGCGGCGGCGACGGCGGCGGGGAGCAGCGCCGCCAGCAGCCCGCCGGCAGCGGGCCCCGCCUGCUGCUGGGUCUCACCGACGAUGUGGACUGUGCGGUGGUGGCGGUCAGCUGCCUGGGCGGCGACGGCGACGGCGGCGGCGGCGGCGAGGGCGAGGCGGGAGGCUUUGCUGUGGAGCAUGUGUCCUCGGUGCCAGCCAUGGCGUAUGUGGCAGCAGGCAAGGUGCAGCGCAAGUUCCUGCUGCUGGUGCCGCCGGGCGGCGACGUGGCGUGCGCGCUGGUGGAGGCCUCGCAGUACGCCUACCUGUACCGCAGCGUGGCGCCCCGCCAGGAGUAUGGCGAGCACCAGGUCGUUGACAUGGAGCUGCCCGACAGCGGGCGGCGCGGCCUGCUGGGCGCGGUGCUGGCGGGCAGCCGCGCGGGCGCCUGCCGCCUCCUGCUUCUCGCCCGGGCCGGGCUGCGCGUCGUCGACAUGUGA